CCCAACCUUGAUUUACAAUACAACCCAAUACAAUAAAUCUCUCUGAAAACCCUAGGAAACCAGAGGCGAUAGGAUAGCAGGGCAGGGAGAAGAAAUCGGGCAGACAAUCGUCGGGCCUCUUCGUUGCUUCUCUGCUAUCAUCUUCUGCCGGCGGCCAUGAAGUUCAAUAUCGCUAACCCCACAACGGGGUGCCAGAAGAAGCUUGAAAUCGAUGACGACCAGAAGUUGCGUGCGUUCUUUGACAAGAGGAUCUCCCAAGAAGUUAGUGGUGAUGCCCUCGGAGAGGAAUUCAAGGGGUAUGUUUUCAAGAUCAUGGGAGGUUGUGACAAGCAGGGGUUCCCCAUGAAGCAGGGCGUCUUGAACCCUGGCCGUGUCCGCCUCUUGCUUACCAGAGGAACCCCGUGCUUCCGUGGAUAUGGAAGGCGCAAUGGGGAGCGCAGGAGGAAGUCGGUCCGGGGUUGCAUUGUGAGCCAGGACCUAUCUGUUCUCAAUUUGGUCAUCGUGAAGAAAGGUGAGAACGAUCUCCCCGGGCUGACCGACACCGAGAAGCCCAGAAUGAGGGGACCCAAGAGGGCAUCAAAGAUCCGCAAGCUUUUCAACCUCUCCAAAGAUGAUGAUGUCAGGAAGUAUGUCAACACCUACCGACGUACAUUCACCCGCAAAAAUGGGAAGGAAGCUAGCAAGGCUCCUAAAAUUCAGAGGCUGGUGACUCCACUGACUCUGCAGAGGAAGAGGGCGAGGCUUGCCGAGAAGAAGAAGAGAGUUGCAAAGGCCAAUGCCGACGCUGCUGAGUACCAGAAGCUGCUUGCAUCCAGGUUGAAGGAACAGAGAGAUCGUCGCAGCGAGAGCUUGGCCAAGAAGAGAUCCAGGCUGUCUGCCGCUUCCAAGCCAUCUAUUGUUGCUUAAUGCGAGAUUCGGGUUUCUUUGGACGCGUGCCAGAUGCUGUUUGUUAAAAUUUUGUAAAAGGAAUUCGAUUUGUGGGAAAAUUCAUAAUAGUUAGUCAGGAGGAUUGGUACUGCAAACACUAUUUGGCUGUUCUGCUGUUUCUCGACUUAGCAUAUUUCUGUUUCGUUUUAUUCUCCAUCUCAGAUGAACCACUGGUUUUCCAUCCUUUCUUGAGCAAGGGUCUUUGUAUGAAUUGUAUUGUCUCGAAAGUUUUCACAAACAAUGACGAGUAGAAU